AUUUUAUCUGGCGAUUUCUAUCAACUGCCACCUGUUCCGGACCACAUCGACGGUGUGCCCCAGCCUGCUACGUUCUGCUUCGAUGCGCAUUCGUGGCCGGAUUGCGUCGGCCAAGCCAUUGCAUUGAACAAGGUCUUCCGACAAAGGGAUCAAGAUUUUGUCGACAUGCUAAACGAAAUGCGGCUCGGUAGACUGUCACAGUCCACCAUGAUGGCCUUCCGGAGACUGUCAAGACGAGUGGUAUAUCAUGAUGACAUUGAGCCUACGGACCUGUUUCCUACGCGGAGACAGGUAUACGGAGCUAACCACACACGCCUUGAACAAUUGCAAGGAACGCCAAUGCCAUUCCCGGCUGCCGAUCAGCCCGGUAUCGACAACGAGGGUUUCCUUGUCACGGUUGAAAGGAUGGAUAAACUACUGGAACAGCAGGUGAUCGCGCCAAAGCACAUCAAUCUCAAGGUAGUGAUAUCCUUACCGGUGAUCAUAUGUGUGAUUGAAUUUUCAUCCACAGAUCGGCGCGCAAGUGAUGCUCAUCAUGGUGAGUUUUGUCCCUCUGAGUUGUUCAUGCAAAUCAAAUCAUACGUCGCAGAACAUAGUCCAAGGAGUGCUCGUCAAUGGAUCCGUCGGCAAGGUUGUCGAGUUCAUGACAGUCCAAGACGCGCUGCUACGCGGCAUCCAACUCGGGGUGGUCAAUCGAGUAGAGCGUGA